AUGUCAUCAUUUUGGUCACUAACCGCUUUCCUGCUUGUAGACGAGGGCGAAGAACUGCAGGCCUGGGGCACGCCGUCCGUCUCGGAUAAUCACGAUGAGUCGCCGCCGUCCAGUCCGUCGUUCGCCCCGGUAGGGCGGCCGAUGGUCAAGAAGCGCUUCCGGACGAACCUUCCGGACCCCCUGCCACUGAACAUCCCACCGAUGAACCGACUGAGCUCGUUGCGCCAUUCAUACUCGAAAGCCGUAGUUUCAAGGAUAGAUCGCGCCGGCAACCUCAAGUUCAUCGAGCAGUUCCGGUACACGAUUGUCGCGUCCCAAUUGUUGAGCGGGCAUUCAAUAGCAAUGCACCAUGCCCACCACAGCCGGUCAAAGGACAUGCCAGAGGCCACCCAAACGGUAGUGGUAACAUCAACGGGUCUUUUUGCGACAGCCGCCGCCGCGCUUGUUGUUGCUUGGGUAGCGAGAUGGGUGUAUUCCGGGGGCUAUGCGCACUUGACCAAGAAGCGGGUGAGCUUCACGGCGCUGGUUCUAGUAGCGGUUGCUGUUGUGUCACAAGCCUAUCUCCGACAACAGUGGCUUCGGUAUUUGAGAAACCAAGCGCUGGGCGAGGUGACCACCUUCGUCGCCAGGUCUCAGGACUUUGACAGUGCUUCUAGUGCGGCGAUAUCAUUAAUCCAGGAGGUCGAGCUCGUGUCUCGAGGCUACAGGUUAAGCGCACCCCUACCUCCAAUUAGCCGUAUGGAGGACCGGUCACAAAUACGCCGGUGCAGCAGGCUGCGCAAGGCGUUGAAGGGACGGUUCACCGACAUGAUCGAAAGUCACAUGCAGGCUUGUACAGCGGUCAAGGAAUUCGCUGAGCAGGGAGAUCUGGAGAAGUACCACGAUAUCUACGACAUCAGCGACUUCGACAUAUCGGACGCGAUGCGGGGAUUUUCGGAGAAGGAAUUCGACGAUCCCGAGUCUCUGCAGUCCCUUAAGAUUGCUGCCGCCCGUUUUUACACUAUUCGUAAGAUUCUGUUGUGCUCCCUCCUCGCCUUUGAGGCGGCGGGCGAUAAUACCGACUUCUUGCGAUGGUCAACGGCCGUGGAGGGAUUGAAGACUCUCAACCAAGCUACAUCUCAAGGCUUUGAGAGGGUUCGCCAGAUUCUUAGUGAAGAAGAAACUUUCCCCAUUAUUUCUGAUUCAAAAUCGCCAUUAUCGCCCAACCGAGAGAAGCGCCGGUCUCAAUUUAUGAAACUUAAUUCGUUGUCGAUGGGCAUCCGAGGUCUUCAAGCAAAGCUUGCGCUUUUACGAGAGGAGUCGGAGAGGACGCUGAACGAGGCAGAAGAUGUAUCGGAGUUGGGGAACAAUCUGAUGGCUCAGUACGAGUCCAUCGGGCAAGACCUCAAAAUGCUUACGCAGGCAUGGGAAGAAGGGAAAGCCGCCCUUGCCUCAGGGAUUGACCGCAACGAGAAACGACUGUCCUCCCUCAGCACGCUACUUUCUCCGGCGACCUCAUUAAGCGGGCUUACCACGGUCGAGGAGGGUGGGACACUCGAGGCAUUCAAGGCUUUAACCGGGGAAUCACCGCCGGGUUCGACUUUUGGAAGUCCAAACGGGGAUUCGGACGUGGUGGAAGUGUUCGAAGCGGUCGCCUUACCGACCCGGACGCGCAGUCUCCUGAGCAGGGAUGAGCGGAUAGCCAAGAUGAAGGAAGAGCGAGAGAAAAGAGAAGCUGCCAGGGAAAGGGCCGACGCGACCCGCGGAAUGCUCCGCGAGCUCGAGACCGUCAUCAACCUGCGGCCAAAGCGGGCGACCAUGCCGGCGCCUUCUCGCAUCUCAUUAUGA